ACAAACGGCAGAACACUCGGGCUUGGUUUACCGAUUACUGCUCUCUUGUGACUCAGGGAUUCUUCUCGCAGAUAUCUAUUUGUUGCAUAGAGGAGUGUAGGAAAGUAUUCGGAAUGCCACCGGUGGGAGGACAUUCGGUUGCGGCUGGCCGCGUAGCUUCUGAAACGACACGCAGUCAGAUUGACUAUGCCCGCAUAUAUGCUCGCACUCACCCUAGGGGUCCGUCCCCCUUCAAUUCCCGCACUCCACUUGUGGAAAGGCCUGAAUUGAUAAACGCACUUCAUCUCCCCUUUGAAAGGGUCCCUGUCAGUGUCGAGAGGGACGGCACAUGCCCCCACUGCGGGCUCGAUGACAUGACCAGGAUGUACCCUACUUGGAGCAAGAUUGCCGCCUGCUUGCUCUUCCCCUUCGGCCUGAUGUUCAUGUGCUUCAAUUAUGAAGACCGCUGCCCCACUUGCAACUACCUUUCUCCCAGGUAGAGGGGCAGCUGGUCCUGGCUAGCCGGAGUGAGGCUGGUCAGUCUCCCUGAGGAGGUCCCUGGAAACGGGGAUCACGAGGACCAUCAGGGUUAAGGCAUGUCAAAGGACCCGAAUCUUCUGAUUUUUAGAACAGAUUGGUAGCAAAACCUGUUGCCUGAUUUUUAGUGUUAAUACUUUUAAUUGCAUUGUCAGUGUUUUAAUUCUACUACAGACUAGUUUCAGCUGUCUGGUUCUUGACUUGUCUUAAUAAAAAAAUAUAGAUAAA